AUGGAAAGAGUGAAACGAGCAACCGUGCGUGACCCGUCUCCGACGCAUACAGCCGCACCACCGCCGAAGCAACCGCCUAGCCAGACUCCGCCUGUCGCCACCGCUGCUACUGCCGUACGACCACCCGUCUCAUCGCGAAGACAACCGCCGAGGAAAGGUAAGCGAGUCCCGGUGUCAAAGAAACGAAAGGGUGAGACUUCAACCCUUCUCGUCGAUGAAGACUCCUCGUCUACCCCGCCGUCGCCGUCGCCGAUGCAACCACCACCCACUGCCGCUACUGUCGCUGACAAACCCAACCCACCAGAAUCGCCUAUCAUUGUUCCCCCUUUACAAAUGGUGCCGUCUGACGCUAUUGUGCCCUUCACUGACCACUUGAAGAAAAUCCGAGAUAUG